GUUCCAAGGAUCAAUUAAUACUGUCCUCAAAGAUGUCUUCCCCUAACGGAACCUUUUCACGUGCUGAAGCAUCUGUAUUUUCCGUUAUCAAUGGCAGGGAAAUUACUGAGAUCCGAGAAUAUGCUUGCUUCGAACCUACCCUAAAUGAUGCCACUGAGACGGUGAAUCCAGAUGUUGGGAGGAAAUCAUUAUCUACCAAGCGAAGAAAGUUGAAGUCAAAGGUUUGGGAGGAAUUCACAAAGGAUAAAGGAGAAGAUGGAAAGGAAUGGGCUAUAUGUAAACACUGUGAGAAGAAGCUUGUAGGUUCAAGUAAAAGUGGAACCACACAUUUGAAAAAUCAUCUUAAAAGCUGUCGCCGAAAAACAAAUCCAGAUGGAGAUACAGAUAAGUCAAGUGAAACAAGUAAUUACAGAUUAAGUUCUUCAAGUGUCGUCAGAGAAAAAACUUUGAACGAUCAAGAAUUGAAUGACUCAGAUAUCACACGAAUGUUUAUUAAGCAUUGUUGGGGUACACCACAGAACUCCAUAAAAGCUAGUAUUCUUAAUGUCCUCAAAGAAGAGAAGGAGAAUCUUCGCAGAUGUUUUGGGAAACAAAAAUGUCGUUUUAAUUUAAAAAUUGAGUUGUUUGAUAAGGACUAUCGUUUGACGGUGGUCCAUUUUAUUGAUGAUAGCUGGGAAUUGAAGAAGAAGGCUAUUCAUUUCCGAUGUGCAAAAGACGAUAGGGAUUUCUUUGAAACUCUUAAAGGUUCUCUAUCGGACGAUUGGAAAAUUGACAACAAUAUAUGCUCUAUGGUUAGAGGCAUUGGCCAAGAUAAGGAAGUUACUUCAGAGAUAAACAGCUGGUUUAGUAGACAAGGUUCACUUCCUUUUGCUGGGCAAUUAUUUGCUGUUGAUUGCUUAGUGGAUAUUCUAAAAGGUUACAUUUGGUUUGGAAACAUGUGGGGAUUUGACUUGGCAACCAGGAUGGGGCACACUCUUGAUUAUAUCUGCAAGACUUCGUCAAAUAAGGUAAAGUUUCAAAUGGCAAUAGAUAAAGCCAAGUCCAUGGGCAAGAAAGUGACUUCUCAAGGCCUUCCUCCAAAGUCAAUAAUUGAUAAAUUUGAAUUGCUUGAGAUUGCAAUGGGAUAUAAAGAAGCUUUUUCUGAGCUAGAGCAGAUGGAUCCAGCUUUUAAGUUAAUCAGUUUAAGAAAAGAGGAAUGGGGUAUGGCAACAGUCAUGUACGAGUGCUGGGAAGUGUUAAAUAAUACCAAUUGCAGCUUCAAUGAGAACAAAUGUGUUACUGCAAAUGUUUAUUUUGCUAAGGUUUGUGACAUAUUUAUGAAAUUGCUUCAAUGGGAAAAAAGUGAGUUUUGGUUUGUUCACGACGUGGGAUCUUAUAUGAGAGAGGAAUUUGUGGAAAAAUAUUGGAACAAUUGUAUAUUGGUUCUAAUAAUUGCUGUAAUUCUUGACCCACGGUUUAAGAUGGAUACUGUUGAGCGUUGGUUCAAGAAGAUUUAUGGUAGCGACACUGAUGCACAACUCAAGAAAAUAAUUGAUGAGGUAACCAAUGUCUUCCAUAAAUACGAAGAAAGCUGUAGCGAUCCAGAGAGUCUCUCAACUUCAUUCAAAAUGCUAGACUGCUAUGGGAUGCGCUGCACAUCUUCACACCUUGUUGAUGAAAUUGAGUCCCCAGAAUCUGAGCUUGAUCGGUAUCUGAAAGAUUCUAAAUUUCCUUUAUUUGAAGAGUUCGACAUUCUUUCUUGGUGGCGUACCAAUUCUCCAACUUAUCCCACACUUGCAAGGAUGGCACGCGAUUUCUUGGCAAUACCUAUUUUUCCUACCCUUUUAGAUUCUUCUUUGAAAACUGAAAUUCAAAAUAUCAUUGAAACUGAUGGCAUGGAUGAUGACCUCAUAAACAAUUUGAUAGUGUAUGAGGCUCGCAAAUAUCGCUUUAGGCCAUGUAAGGUUCUUUACAGAAUUCAUGCUGAAUGAGGUUAUGAAGCUUCAAUAAAACAAUGUGGUUGUGACACAACAGGUGAGCAAAAGUAGGAUGAGAGUAAAGCUUCAAUCCACGAGUCACUUGUCUCAGGCUCACAAACACAUCUAGCCCAAUACGCAUCCAGUGCUGUCGCUGCUAAGAGAACUCCACCAUAUGGGCCAUUGAAGUGACACCCAUCAAGCCCAAUAUAGCUCAUACGUCCCCUCAAAUUCUAUUUUUGUGUUGGAAAAAGAGCAAAAAAAAA